UGGUACAUAAAACUUGGCCUCUCAGAUGCCGUUUCUGCAACGAUGUCCUCGCUUGCUGAAGUGAAACAAUGGUUUGAAAAAGGGGACUCGAACAUAGCAGAACAUGUGACCAAUUUUUCUGCCUCGUUGUUUAACGGGAUAACCUUCAGUUCCUGCAAAAGUGACAGUAGUGUUAUAACGAAAACGCCUACUACACAUCCUUAUAUAGACAUGGUACAUGCCCAACUGGGCGUGGCUAUCGGUGGAAACGGUUACGCUGCAAAAUCAAGUGACGAGAUUGGCCGACUGGCAGUCAGCAUGAUGACUGACAACUGGGAUUCUAAAUUACCAAGACAUGUGUUUAAACUAAAAUAUUUACCAUUUACAACUGAAGCAGCUUUUACAAGCAUUAAAGGCAAGCUUUAAUCAGAACUGGUAGAAAUAAGCAAAUUGAGGUAUCAAGGACGGGUGAUCAAAUAGA